UACGUCUGGGCAACGGUAAAAGCACUAUUUCUUUGUGGCGCGAUUCGCUCUGCCGUGAAGUCUUUCUCUCCAGAAACAUCUGGAUCUGUUGAUGGUGGUACCAUCUUCGACGACUCACUUCCCCCACACCUCCGUUAUUUACGAUCGUGCAUCAUCGCGACGCUAUACGCAUUCACCAUCUACUCAUUACUCCAAGCCAAUUACGAGAUCACCGUAGUCAUCUGCGUACUGAUAUUCAGGCAACAUCCAGACCAAUGCCCCCCCUCAUUCGACUCUCCCUGGCGCGCCACCUCUCUCAGAGAAUUAUGGAGCCGUCGCUGGCAUCAGUGGUUGCGUCGGAUAUUCAUUUUCCUCGGGGGAAACCCACUUUCUCUACUCUUUGGGCGUAUCGGGGGCGUCAUGGGCGCAUUUCUCGUCUCUGGGUUUAUUCACCACCUUGCAGUACGACCCAUCGACCCAUCCUCGGAGAUGUGGCGCAUGGUGCCGCCAUUUGGGAUGAUGGGAACUGGGAUGGUCAUUGAGCGUGCUGUUGCGGGGAAUAAAACAGGUGGCUGGAUAGGAUGGAUGUGGACAAUGUGCUGGUUGGUGUUGUGGGGGAACGUGCCGGUGGAUGGGUGGGCAAGAACUAGGUUGCUUUGGGGUUCGAGUACGUUGGAUAGUGCGACGCCUGUAAGGCAACCGAUUGAGCGGCUGGUGAGGACGUUUGAUGAGUAUCUGCAU